AUGGAUUCACACAUGGAUCAUACGGAAAUUCCGGUGAUCGAAAUCGAAGAGCCGCUAUUCGAUGUUCUUCCCAAGCUGUUCAAUUUUAUUAGCAUGGCUGUGGGUGAGAUGGCGUACACGUUUGAGCAAAUGUUGUACGGAUCCCAAGGACACCGUCUUAGACAGCUGGUCCAUGCUUUGGCAGAGGAUACUCACAAUCCCUUUAUCAUUGUGGCAUUGAUGAUUCUGAAAUGGGACUUCACCACUGCUACCGAGGAUGACUGGGGACUCAAUGAGAGCCGUGGUGCAGCCUGCGAAUUUGUUGCCUGGCAGUUCCUGUGUCACCUGAACCAACGCGAGACGAUUGAGUUUUUAUUAGAAGAGCUACCAUCACCGCGACGCGGUUCGGCAAAUAUCAUUGAAUCCGAGGCAGGUAACCCUGGCCUUGCAUCUACCCAAGGUGGUACAAGCCAUGCGGAAAGUGAGACUUCUCCUCUCUUACCAAACCCUUCUUCUUUUUAUCGUCUUUUUGGCGGCAAGAGGGCCAUAGAGACUCAGUCACCUGGAACCUCACAAGAUACACACCGGCACGAGGAGGCCUAUGGGCGAUACUCCCAAUUUUUCGGAUUGAAUGCACUAGAAAUUGCAACGAUCGCCCAUGCAAAGAGAUUUUUGAGCCAACGAGUUGUUCAAAGGGUGGUCGAUGGUAUUUGGAAGGGUGAAAUCGUUUUCUGGGAUUCUCUGACAGUCAAUUCCACCAAAAAACCUCAUAUUUUCAACAGAAGAACGGCUGAUCCAUAUUCACGCUUGAGAGUACCUCUGUACCGGAAAAUCUUUGAAGCAGCAUUCUUCAUGUCUUUCCUCUUUCUCUACUACGCAGUCCUGGUAGAGAGGAGACAGGAGGCCGUUGGCUUCUUUGAAGCGGUGAUGUAUGUAUGGAUCGUCGCUUUUGCGUACGAUGAAUUGAGCGGAAUCAUUGAUGCCGGAGUCGUUUUCUACCAAAUGGGGUUCUGGAGUCUCUGGAACCUGAGCAUAAUCGGUGUUGGAAUAGCAUUUGUCAUAACAAGGGUCAUCGGGCUAGCGAAGGGUGAUAACCCCAUUAUUGAGCUCUCAUUCGACAUUCUAUCCCUUGAGGCUCUGUUUCUUGUCCCGAGGCAUGGCUGGCUGACACGGAACAGGAUCUGCUCCCUUGUGAGCUUGAAUUCAUACUUCGGCAGUCUAGACACCGCGUCUGAAAUCUCCCCCAUCUUCGGCUAUGGCUUGAUGCUGGCUUUCGCCCUAAUGACCAAUACUCUCAUUCUCUCAUCUUUGAUUAGUUUGAUGAGUAUGAGCCUUGAAGGGGUGAUGCGCCAUGCCCGAGAAGAAUACCUUUUCCAGUUGGCCAUUUACGUCCUAGAAAGCAGCAAUUCUCGACGACUAACAUACUUUAUGCCACCCCUGAAUCUUAUUCCCCUCCUCUGUAUCCGCCCCAUGCGGCUUUUUCUCUCGGCUGGAACAGUUCGCCGCGUACGCAUUGUCUUACUUCGAGCCACCCAUCUCCCGUUUGUCGCAUUGAUAUGGGCAUACGAGUCUAAAUGGCGACAAUCACACAGUCUUCCGGCACGCAGUCAAGGUACUUCUGCAAAUCCUCCCCGUUCCCAGGACCCACACUCCGUAAUUGAAACAAAUCGGCUAGGCCCUGGAAAAGCCAAUGUGGAUCAACAAGCCGCGCGUGAGCUAGGCAUGGUCAGCCAAGUACAACUUGCGGACUUGAUCGACACGAUAGAACGACUACGAGCUCAAGUAGAGGCAAUUUCCAAGUGA